AUGGCUGCUCACCAGCUCGCCAUCGCCAAGGCGUCUUUCUCUGCUGCCCUGCUGCGCCCGGAUCCCUCUACAGUGCCGCGCGACGACAUCUCGACCUUCCAUGCCUUACUCGACAAGGCUCUGUCGCAUUGUUCGCGAACCAACGUCCAGACUUGCAAGGAAUGGCUUCUCCACUAUGUUGUUUCCUCGUCAAACAGAGCAAAUGUGCUGGGCAAAUAUCUGACUGCUUUGUCGGAAUCGUCCAAGCCGGCCUCCCUUGAGGAUGCCCACACCCAGACCGACAGCCGAAAACUGUCUGGGAAACGGACCAGGCUCCACAUCUUGUACUUGCUGAACGACGUCUUCCACCAUACCAAGUAUCAUACCAAUGGCGGGCCCGGCGCCUUUGUCACUUUUAGUAGCGCGCUGCAACCCCAUGUGGUCGAAUUGCUCGGCUUUGCCGCAUCAUACGAUCGCAAGAAGAACCCUAAGCACUACCGAAGACUAGACCAGCUAUUGGGGGUGUGGUCUGAUCACGGAUACUAUAACACCGACUAUAUCAACAAGCUACGAGAGGCGGUCAACAAUUCGGAAUCGGUAGACGCAAUCAAGGCAUCAGUCGGUCUUGUGGAUGACGCAGCCAAUAUGCAGUCGAAAAACACCCGGAGAGACGCACCCUAUAUGAUGCCACCUACCCACGGAGAUAUAUCCACGCCCUAUUAUGACCUGCCAGCUGGCAAUUUCGUCCCGCACAUCAUCCCAGACUCCACAGCUCCCAUCAGGCCCGACAUCGUCAAGCCACUCCAAUUCGUCCCUGGUCCGCCAGACCAAAAGCUCGUUGGCGCGCUGAAAAGAUUUUUUAACGAUGUCGACCGCAUAUAUGGCUCCGCCGACUUUGAACUUGGCGAAAACACCGAGAUCGACAUCAAUGAACUGGGGCAGGCGAUUGUUCGGGAUGAGAAAAGCGGAGACAUUGUCGACGGGGAUACAUACUACGGAUGGUCCCGAGACUUCUGCGUGCAGAUGAAGAAGCGAAAGGAAAAGCACCUUACCCGAAGCCGCAGUCGGAGUGACAGCCGCGGGGCGGACGAUCGUCGCAGGCGUCGUUAUUCAGACAGCAAUUCUAGUGGAUAUAGCAGACGUGGUGAUCGAAUGCCACGCUCACGUUCUCGGUCUCGUUCCCGGGACCGUCGACGGCAUUCGAGACCAAGAUCGCGAUCACGGUCUGAUUCAUAUUCCCCAAGACCUGCCACGCCGCCUUCAUCAUUUCCCAAUCCGCAUCAUGGCCAUCGCCAACAUCAACCUCCUCCACCACCACCACCACCACCUCCUCCCCACUCGAAUCCUCCUCAUCAGAACCAUGCUGGAUUCCCGCCGGCUUUCAAUGGAAACAUGCCUCCCCAGAAUUAUAACGGCGGAUGGUCUCAAGGCGGCCCACCUCCGCCCCCCUUUACUCAGGGUGGCCAAAUGUUUGUGCCGCCAGGCGUGCCAGCUUUUCCGCCGCCUUAUCAACCGGGCAACAGACAACAGCUGCCCCCAGGCUCAUUCCCUCCCCCGUGGCAGGGUGGUCACCAAGGAGGUUACAAUCAAGGAGGGGGGUGGUCAUAA